AUGACCACCUACGUAUAUCCCAACACCUUCAAUUCGUUGACCUCCCAGCUCGGUGUGAGCGUCGGAACCGGGGCCGCAGGAGCCAUCACUUCGGCCAACGACGAAGCCACCACCUCAUCAAAAUCUGCCAAGGACGCCAGCUUUGCGAGCUUUAUUUGUCACACUGCCUACCUCGAGACGCAGCUGCAGAAGGGCGACCAAUCUGCCUUCUUUGCAGGCGGUGGAAAACAGAUUGUCAAUCGGAAGAGGAUUGGAGAGGGCGCCUCGUUCCUGGUCGACCGGGGCGAAUUGCAAGGCAACAACAACAACAACAACAACAACACCGAGACAAACAACAGCCAGGGUCCCAAGUACGUUGCGCUCAAGACGGCCAAAGAGCCCACUGCCGACGACGAAAACAGAGGACGAUGGCGCGACAUCCUGUUCGAGAUACGUGCCCUGCUGCACGAGCCCCUCCGCUACCACCCCAACAUUGCCCACCUCCUCGACAUCCGCUGGGACGGCGGCGGCGAGACGGGCUCUCCCUUCCCGACGCUCGUGGUCGAAUAUGCCGAGUUUGGGACUCUGCUCAGCCUGCAGAGGUCACACGCCCAGGAGCCCCUCCCGUUCUCUAUCAAACAAAAGCUCUGCUACGACGUCGGCAGAGGCCUGUCGAUACUCCACGCGUGCGGCAUCGUUCACGGCGACCUGAAGCACGAGAACGUGCUCAUCUUUGCGAACCGCUACCAGAGCCCGCCCGGCCAGCCCUACACGGCCAAGCUGGCUGAUUUCGGCGGGACGGUGAUGGACAUGGUGGACGACGAAGGGCGCGAGCUGCAGGGCCACCGGAUGCGCGCGCACACCUUUCCCUUUGAGGCGCCCGAGGUCGGCAGGCAGCUCUCCACCGACGGGGCCAAGAAGACGGACGCCUACUCGUACGGCAUGCUCAUCUGGCGCUGCAUGCUCGACUGCGCCGACAUGUUCCUCCUGAGCGGCCUGCAGCUGCCCAGGGGCCGACCCGAGGAGGCAGAGAUGGAGAGGUUGAACGAGUACAAGCGGUCGGACCAGGUGCUCGAGUGGGCCCUGUCCACCGUCUCAGAGUACUUUCUCAGAAGGAGAAUCCCGGCUUCGAGCUUGCAACUGGUCAUGGCGGCCCUCAUGUUCACCCUCCGCGGGGCCCCGGAGCAGCGGGCUUUGGAUCGGGCGCAGGCACGCAUGAGGGGCAUGACGGCGAACCUGGGCUUUACUUAUACUCUGGUCAAGGACGAAGCCAACAGGAGGACGGCUGAGAAUCAACGGUACAGGACUCCCGGCAGCCAUGGGAUGACGGUAGACACGGUGGGUUAUGGACUUGGACGCUUGGGUGACGAGUAUGACGCGCAGAACAACAUGCCCGGUUACCGCCCCGACUUGCCUCAUCCUGAAAGAGGCGGGUUCCAUUUUGACCCCCUGGCCCUGCGCAGGCUGCUCGACUGGGAUCAACAAACGGCCAUGCUGGACGAGUUCAAGGCCGCCGCCCAAGGGGGAGCCCAGGCAACAGCAACGAGCCUGCAGCCCUGGACGGCCGCCUUCUUUCUGUAUCAGUGCUACAUUGUCGGCUUCGGCACCCACUUCAAUGCAGAAGAGGCCUGCAGAUGGCUGUCCAAGGCAGCCGACCCUCCCGAGGAAAUUGCUGGUGUAGACUACCUGGCGCGAGCAUGGCUCACGCGCGUAUACUCGGCGCUCGGCGUCGACAUCCCGCUCAGCCCUGCAGAGCAAAAGGAAAACCUCUGGUGGAGCGUCGUCCGAGGUCACCGGCUGUGCUCUGCCGAUCUGCGCUCCCUCGCCAUGCAGUACCCGCAAGAAGCAGCUCGCCAAGACUGGCUGGGGUCUCUAGAAGAGGCCGAGUGGAACUUUAAAACGAGAACCGGCGCAACCGGCAUGCCAUUUUUCAUCCGACGGAAGUUAUCGCGAGCCUGGUCCGUCGAUGGAGACAUGGCGGCGCUCGACAAUGAAAUCAAGUUGGAGCUGGGUGACCAGUACGACUCCUGCGUCAGACAAGCAGCAGCAGGCGAGAACGGCCAAGAGGCCGGGGACAAGGAGGAGAAGCGCUUCGACAAGAUCUACGUCAACCACAAAGGCCACGGUCUCCUCCACCUCGCGGCGGCGUACGGAUCCGAGACUGCGCUGCGCCACAUGCUCGACAAGUACGACUGCAGCAUCGACCUGCGAAACCAGUCCCACAGCGAGACGCCGCUCCUCUGCGCAGUCAAGGCCGGAAAUCCACCGUGCGUCGAGCUUCUCCUAGACCGAGGCGCCCUGCCGGACGGCCACAAGCCCGGGAGCGAGGCCCUGGUGGAGGAAACCCCGCUGCACUGGCUGUCGAGCUUCGGUGAGAGCAGGGACGAGGAGGAAUACAUGCAUCGCUUGAUCGACAGGCUGCAAGCCGCCGGGGCGGACAUCGAAAAGGUCACGGGCGGCGGGAGACCAGAGGUCAGGGGCAUCAUUGCAGAUUGGGAAAACAGUCUAGGCAUCCCCCUCACGCCCCUCGGCCGUGCAGUGCUGCACCAGAGCCACGCUGCUGUUCGAAGGCUCCUGGCACACGGCGCCGACCCUCUCGGCAGAAGCAGCAAGACGGCGGCCAGGUCGCCGCUGGAGCUGGCUGCUGUGUUGACGCUGCCGGACAUGCUCGAGCUUCUUCUCAAGGCCGUCGACGAGCGCGACCUGGAUGACGAUGUUGACAAGCCCGUCGUCUGGGACGAGAACGAAAUGCUGGAGGCGGCGCACAGCGGUGCCGUCACGGGCUACGAUCCCCUGACUCUCCAGAGCAGGCUCGUGCGUUGCGGAUCCAACUACAAGGUCUGGCUUCGACGGACGCUGCAGAUCCUGCGAGAUCGAAGGCGCCACCAGGACGCCGCCGCAGGAAAGGCUGUCGUUGCAGACUCGAGCGGUGGUGCGAGCCUCUGCCGGGAAAUCAAGCUGGGAAAUGUAGACAUUGUCGAGGCGCUCCUCAACCUCGGCCAUCCGGUAGAAGGCACGCCAGGUUCGAGGCCCAUAGAGGCUGCCGUCCUGUCAAACAACGGCAUCGCCUACGACAUGCUCACCACGAAGCUUUCUCCACUGAGCUUCCCGGAGAAUCAAAACAACACUCUACUGCAGCUGUUUGCAUCCAGGCCAAGAACAGCACCGCGCGACACCGCCAUCGCCGAACAUCUCAUCGCCAGCGGCGUUUCCGUUGCGCCCCAUCCUCAAAGCAGUCUUCCUGGAGCCCUGAGCCUUGCCAUCUACAGGCGGUAUUUCGACCUCGCAGAUCUGCUCAUCGCACACGGCGCCGGACCAGAGCUGAACUCUUACUACACCCCGCCGGGCGCCGCCGACACGAACCAAGUCUCUCUGCUGGGGGUGCUCCUGAGACAGCAUAACUUUGCAACCCUGGAUUCCAUCUCGUACCUGACACGCAUCCACGGCGCCGGCAAAGUCAGCCUCAGCCCGCUGGCCGACCGGACCCGCAACACGAGCGCCCUCCACAUGCUGUGCCUGCAGCCGGCGGAGGAAUGGAACAGCCACUCGCAGAUCUCGGACUGCAUAGUCCAGAAGAUCAUCGAGAUGUUCCCAGACGGGGCGAGCCUGGGAGAGCACGCGGUGCACCCGGAGCUCGGCAGCCCGCUCAAGGCCGCCGUCGCCGCCGCCAACGCGCCCAUGGUCGCCGCGCUGCUGGACUCGGACCACGUCGCCGACGUCGACACGCCCGAGCUGCCCGACCGCCUCAGCCCCCGCGUCCUGGCCGUCCGGCUCGCCCAGCGCUCCAUGACCGACUUCGAAGCCGCCCUGGCCGCCUCCAGGGCCCCGCCCGCCCAGGCCCUGGACGCCCUGAAGCAAAGGUUCGACAUCGCCGGCAUGCUCGCCGUGCCGCCGGACCAGACCCCGCCCGACGCGCCCGCCGACGUCGUCUUCCGGCACCCGAUCGAGUACGACGCCAAGCUGCGGCGCUACGAACUCGAGCUGGCGGCUAUCGGGGCCGCGAGGCCCGCCGACCUCCACCUGCCCAUCCUCGAGAUGCGGUCGCUGGGCCUGGACGAGCAGCAGCAGCAGCAGCAGCAGCAGCAGCAGGCUGGGGUUUCGGGUGGGGUGAACGACGGCGGCGGCAGCAGCAACAACAACAAUAACAACGCGGCCAGGGACCCGAACCUGCCCGUCGAUCUGUCCGUGCUGACAGAGGAGCAGCCGACCGGGUGGCACGAGGGCGUCGAGAUGACCCAUCUCAUGGCCCUCAGGGUCUUUCUCAAGUCUUUCCGCGGCUCCGAGUCUGGCGGGCUGGGGAUCGGCGGGAUCAACGCGCUGAUGAACCAGACUUAUAAUGCGACCGGGGCUGGCGCUGCGGAGGGAAAUUGA